CUCCCAUCUUCUGAACGCUUUCGACAUCCAAUGACACGAUGGCGGCGGGGAACAAGAAGAAAAAGAAGCCCGCGGCCAACCCUGCCAGAGGCUUUGCCACAACCUCUGUUGCUUCCAAGCCAAAGUCAGAUGAGGCAUCUGAGGCGAGCAGCGCGGUCCCGUCUGGAGUUGCCACACCUUCUGCACAGAAAGCCGCUGCAGGGGCAACGGUAGAGCACGCGAAUCCAGCACCUCUGCCGGAUGCUACGCGAGAGCUGCACGAACUGAGUCCCGAAGAACUCGAGGCACAGCUCGAAGCAUCAGAAUUGCAACAAUUCGUGGAAAAGCAUGCUUCAAAGGUCAAGAAGGAGACUGCCCGGCAGGUGGCACGUCUACAGACCGACAAGCGUGUACUGCGGGGUCAAUCAGACUACUUGGGAGUCAAGGCAUGGUUGCCCGAGGAAGUCAUGCAACAGAUUCUGGACCUCAUGGUAUCUGACAUGAAGCAUGACACAUCGUCGCACAAGCGGUCGAGUCUACCGCCUGAUGACGAGUUGGUAGCAAAGGUAUGGUCGUUACGUCAGUCCCUAUUUGAUCUCGAUCUUCCUCCUGCUCGAGUCGACGAGGUUCUCCAGUGGAUCAUAGCAAAUCCACCUGCAGAGCCCUCAUCAGGUACGUUGUGGGGUCUCGAAGAAUGCCUAGAAUGGCUUGCACUUCACUGCCUUCCAGGAGAACUACCAGACUACGACUAUACAUACCAGAAGCCAAGAGUGACCGCUCUGGCCGCGGAAGAAGCUGAGAAUGAGCCUGACCAGGCCGAGACCAACGGCAAAUCCUCCCCCAACAAGGAACAAUCGAUGCUUGCAAAUAAUAUAUCGAAAGAAGUCGAUGCGAAUGUUCCCGAGGUCGAAGUCAGCGAUAUGGAUAGUGAUCUCGAGCCGGAUGAGCUAUUGUCAGUCUACCUCAGAACGAAAGCAAAACUGUACACUCUCAACCCUCAGUCCGACAACCCAAAAUCUCGCAAGGGCAAGCCCUCGGCCACUUCCGUCCAGCAUAGCAAAGGUACAUCCGAGCGGAAACUCGAGGAGAAAUUGCAGCGAAUUGAGGCAGACGUCCUUUUUGACAAGCGGGAGGCAGACGCUCAUUGGGCGGGACAGAAAAUUGAGCUUGCUCGUGAGACAGCCGAACGCAAGAGACUUCAGUUGCGAGAUGACGAGACAGCAACACCGCAAAGGUCGGCGACACCCGUUUCCGAGACGGGGCGCGUCAACGAGGAUGCCGAGAGGCUUGGGCAGGAGAUUCUGCGCGAGACCGAAGCUGAAGACGGAGAUAUUCUCAGUGGCAUGUUUGAUGCUUUGCCUGGAGUCAGUGAGACAAAUGGCACACCCGCGUCUGGCGAUCAAGCUGUCAAUGUCACUGUACGGGACUUUGGGAAAAUCACUGGAAUAAAUCCGAAGCGAGUGCUGGAAGAGGCCUGCAAAGCACGAGACGGGCGAUGCAAACUCAGCUACAAAUUGGUCUCGCCCACGACGUACAUGAGCCGACAUGCGGUCACGAUACAAUGGUCGAAGCAGCAAGACGCAGAGGACGUGGAUCCGAAAUACUUAACGUCUAUCUCGGCAAGCACGAAAGCAGGAAGCACGGUCUUCACCAUGACCGCCGUAGCCACGCCUGACGUUACUCAGAGCGAAGCAUAUGUCGCGACUGCGGCCCUGUUCGUCAUAUUUUCCGGCUCCCCCAAGGAAGAGAAGGCUCAUCUUCGACUUCCUCCAGCUUAUCGCAAUCUGUGGGACGAAUUCUCGAAAGCUAAACAGGAGCACAUUCUUGCUGAAGAUGGCUCGGUAGUUCGAGAGGUCCGACAAGUGAUCGAACAAUACCGCAAUAUGGACGAAGACAGCGAUGAUGAAGUCGUGUUCAAUGCCAGCAGCCGGCGACGACUGGACGGAAACAGCGGCGCCAACACUCCACUUUCACGAAGUGAUGGACGUCAAUUCGCGACCCCCGAGUACUCUGAGGAACUGCAGAAUAUGUGGCUGCAGAGGACAGGAACGGCGAAGUAUCAGCAGAUGUUGGCCUCUCGCAUGAACUUGCCCAUGUUCCAUUAUCGGCAAGCAGCCCUAGACACCAUCAACAAACAUCAAGUCACCAUUUUAUGUGGUGAGACUGGCUGUGGAAAGUCAACUCAGCUACCCGCUUUCAUCCUUGAGAAUGAGUUGUCGCACGGGAGACCGUGCAAGAUUUACUGUACGGAGCCACGCCGAAUAUCAGCCAUCUCGCUGGCGCAACGUGUCUCUGAGGAAAUGGGCGACAAGAAAGGUGACGUCGGGACGCCUCGAUCAUUGGUCGGCUAUGCCAUCCGAUUGGAAUCACAAACAAACGCCCAGACCAGACUUGUCUAUGCAACUGUUGGCAUAGUACUUCGCAUGCUCGAGAAUGCGGACGGCAUCAAUGAUGUCACCCAUUUGGUUGUCGAUGAAGUUCAUGAGCGCAGCAUCGAUACUGAUUUCUUGCUCAUUGUGCUCAAACAGCUUAUGAGGCAGCGACCAGAUCUCAAAGUGGUGCUUAUGAGUGCCACGGUCGAUGCGCAGAAGUUCUCAUCGUACUUGAGUGGGGCUCCCAUCAUACAAGUGCCUGGAAGAACGUUCCCAGUUGAGGCACAGUUCCUUGAGGAUGCCAUUGAGCUUACAGGACAUACCAACGAAGAUGCAACAGAGAACGCGGUAGACGAAGAAUCAGCCGACAAAACCGACGAGGACAGAAGUGACGAUCCACAGCAGUUGGAAGGCUACAGCAAGAAGACCCGGCAGACACUUGCUUCCUACGACGAGUAUCGUAUAGAUUACAGCCUAAUUGUCAAGCUGGUCGACAAGAUUGCGCAUCUGGAACAAUACAGGAGCUUCAGUAAAGCUAUCCUGAUAUUUCUACCUGGAAUUGCCGAAAUUCGCCAGCUCAACGACAUGCUUGGGGGACAUCCCAAAUUCAUGAAGGGCUGGCAAAUAUUCCCUCUGCAUUCGACGUUCUCCAGCGAGGACCAGCAGGCUGCGUUCGAGGUACCACCAGAGGGUAUACGAAAAAUUGUUCUCGCAACCAACAUCGCUGAGACUGGUAUCACCAUCCCCGAUGUGACGUGCGUGAUCGAUACCGGCAAACACAAAGAGAUGCGUUUCGAUGAACGCCGACAAAUGUCGCGUCUCAUACAGAGCUUUGUCGCAAGAGCCAAUGCAAAACAGCGCCGUGGUCGUGCUGGGCGAGUGCAAGAAGGUCUCUGCUUCCACCUUUUCACCAAGCAUCGCUUUGAGAAGAUGAUGGUCGAACAGCAGACUCCGGAGAUGUUGCGUCUGUCGCUCCAAGAUCUGGUAAUGCGUGUCAAAAUCUGCAAGCUUGGUAAAGUCGAAGAAGCACUUGCACAAGCUCUUGACCCACCUGCAGGAAAGAAUGUUCGGCGAGCCAUCGAUGCUCUCAUUGAGGUCGGCGCAUUGACUGCGAAUGAAGAACUUACCUCUCUAGGCACUCAGCUUGCUAAACUCCCUCUGGAUGCACAACUUGGCAAGCUGAUCUUGCUCGGCAGCACAUUCGGGUGUCUUGAUUUUGCUUUGACAGCAGCUGCCACAUUGUCAUCAAAAUCGCCUUUCUUGUCGCCAAUGCAUGCCAAACGACAAGCUGAUACCGUCCGCCUCGGCUUCAAACGAGGCGACUCGGAUCUUCUCACAGUCUACAACGCCUACUGUACUUGGCGUAAGGUAUGCACCACAGCUGGCAUGCCCGAAUAUCAGUUCUGCAACAAGAACUUCCUCAGCCCACAAAACCUGGGGAAUAUUGAAGAUCUGAAGGCUCAGCUCCUCAGCUCCCUCGCGGACUCUGGCGUCGUUCACCUUGCUCCGGAAGACAAACAGGCACUUGCUCGCUUGCGCUACCACAGUCGGAAGCGUAACUUCAUCUCACUGCCUGCACAAUACACUCAUUCGGAUGAUAACGACACCAUGGUAUCCUCUGUGGUGGCUUGGAGUUUCUACCCCAAGAUCAUCAAGCAAGAUGGAAAGGGCUGGCGCAACAUCGCGAACAACCAAUCCCUUGGUCUGCACCCCACAUCUGUCAACAAGAGCUCGUUGCCCCCUCAGAUCACCUAUUUGUCCUUCUACAGUAUCAUGCAAUCGUCUUCGCGCUUCACAAACGCGCAAGAAACGACGCCUGCUGCAGAGAUUCCUCUUGUCUUAAUGGCUGGAGAUGCGAGAUUCGAAAUUUUCGCAGGUGUCAUCAUUGUCGAUGGAAACCGGCUACGGUUCAAGGUGAAAAAUUGGAGGACAUUGAUUGUGUUGAAGAUCUUGAGAGGAAAGGUGAGAGAAGUGAUUGGGAAAGUCUUCAAGAGUCCGGGAAGAGAGUUGGGAGAUCGGCCGAGGAGAUGGAUGGAGAUUUUGGAGAAGAUCUUUGAGAGGCAAAAGACGGCUUGAAUAGUAGAUGGGAUGGUAUUUUGUGGCUCAGGAGGAUGUCGGGCCAGAUGGGCCUUGCAGAUUACGAUGGAAAGGAUCAUAAGGAGCGUUCAGCUUGGUCGAUGUGUCAGAUCGCCGAGGUUAGGCUCGAUGAUAAGGGCCUGGAAUCAUGAUGAACAUGACUCAAGUAGAAGGCGAUUGGCCUCGCACCACGCAUGGACUCUAAUUCAGUCACCGGAAAGCACGUCUCUCUUCAAAAAGCAAAGGGCCUCGUGGCUCACGAAUGCGGCCACCGC